CUCGUCCCUAUCUCCGAGAGUCUCACCAACGACCCCCAGCAACUGAAUCUCCUCUCACUCUUUGAGCAUUCCCCCUCCUUCGCUUUUCCAUUUCUCAGGCUCAGCGAAAUGGCUGCCACCAUUACCCCCAAAGUCGAUGCCGUGAAGGCGCAGGCCGCUGCCCUUGACCCGACCAAGCCCACCGGUUUUGCGCUCUAUUCAAGAUUCGCCUUUGCCGGUGCCGUCUGCUGUUCCGUCACCCACGGCGCCCUCACACCCGUCGAUGUCGUCAAGACGAGGAUCCAGCUCGACCCUGUGACAUACAACCGUGGCCUCGUCGGAGGCUUCAGACAGGUCAUCGCGAACGAGGGCGCCGGCGCCAUCUGGACGGGUUUCGGGCCCACCGCCGCCGGAUACUUCCUCCAGGGCGCUUUCAAGUUCGGCGGGUACGAGUUCUUCAAGCAGCAGAGCAUCAACUUCCUUGGGUAUGAGGCCGCCUCGAACAAUCGCACCGCCGUCUAUCUCGCCUCGUCCGCCCUCGCCGAGUUCUUCGCCGACAUUGCCCUCUGUCCACUGGAGGCCACCCGCAUCCGUCUCGUCUCAGAGCCCACCUUCGCCAACGGUCUGAUCGGCGGCUUCGGUAAGAUCCUGAAAAAUGAAGGUGUCGGCGCUUUCUACUCCGGCUUCGGUCCUAUCCUCUUCAAGCAGGUCCCAUACACCAUGGCCAAGUUCGUCGUUUACGAGAAAGUCUCGGAGCUCGUCUACCGAUCAGUCGACAAGAGCAAGGCUUCCGGUGGCACCCAAACCGCAAUUAACCUUGGCUCCGGUCUCAUUGCUGGUUUCGCUGCUGCCAUCGUCUCCCAGCCUGCCGAUACCAUGCUUUCCAAGAUCAACAAGACCAAAGGCCUUCCAGGAGAGGGCACAACCAGUCGCUUAAUCAAGAUCGCAAAGGAUCUUGGUUUCCGUGGCAGCUACGCCGGUAUUGGCGCUCGUCUGUUCAUGGUCGGAACCUUGACCGCAGGUCAGUUCGCCAUCUACGGCGACAUCAAGAAGGCCUUAGGCGCCACUGGCGGCGUUGAGAUCGCCAAAUAGGUGAACCUCGGUUACCGGAUCUCGGGGACCUUGGUUGGCGGGGUGGAUCGGCGGAUGAUACCAAGACAGCCAUGAAGUUUGAGUCUCAGCCUUACAUCACGAACAAGGCUUUUCAAACGUCUAAUAACGGAAAAGUCGGGUCUGUCUUUGUGUUUCUUGCAUAUGGCGGGCAUGGUUUUAUAUUUUUUUGGUUUCCCUUUGAAGGGGGUUCCUGAUGAUUUGCGUUUGUCCUACGGCACGGCACACGCAAUCAGUUAUAGAGCUGGAAAUCUCCGCUGUUAGAUGGGACGGACGGACGGACGGGGAUUCUGUAACAGUACGAUCGAGCAUUGGAAGUCUUGCUGCAAAUAGAUGGC